AUGGCUGACGGAGUAUUGCAACUUGAUCUAAUAAGCAAAAAAUUUCAGCAUGACCCAUGGGGAAAAUCCGGGAAAGAUUCUCUAGCAGGGCGAUUGUGGUCGCAUAUGCCUGAUGCAGGAGAGCUGAACGAUUCAGAGACCUACUCCGAGAUGUGGAUGGGUACAUAUCCUACUGUUCCAUCGCGGGUUCGUGCUACAGGCGAAUCCCUCUUCGACUAUCUCAAGAAAAACCCCGAUCUAGUUGGGGAGUCGGUUUGCCGUAGAUAUGGUCCCGACAUUCCUUUCCUUCCGAAGAUUCUAUCUUUCUCGAAAGCACUUCCACUUCAAAUUCAUCCGGACAAGAAACUAGCCGAACAAUUGCACAAGGAGAACCCUGAAAAGUUUGGAGACACCAACCACAAACCCGAGAUUGCGAUUGCCUUGUCUCGCUUUGAAUCAUUUGUUGGGUUCAAACGCCUCAAUGAUAUCGCUGAGCUAAUGCGCUUGAAACCAUUGGAGGAAUUUGUGCCAAAGCACGAGACCUUUGAUGACGAAGUUUUACGGCAGCUCUGCUCGAAUCUGCUAAGCCUACCCCCGGACACCGUAUCAAAGACGGUUACAGAGCUACAAAAUAGUCCACUGUCGGAAUUUGGAAAUGAUUAUCGUAUUCCAUCACUUCUUCGUCGGCUUGACGAGCAAUAUUCCAAAUCAGACAAUGGAAUUUUGGUCGCCACACUCUUGAUGAAUUACAUUAUCUUGGAGCCCGGGGAAGCUCUGUGUGUCCCAGCUGACAGCCUCCAUGCAUACCUAUCUGGAGACAUUAUGGAAUGCAUGGCGCGAUCUGACAAUGUCUUGAACACAGGCUUCUGCCCACGCCCCGAUCGUGAUGAUGUUGAGCUAUUUUCAAAGGCCCUUACUUUCCAACCCCACAGCCCGGCAGAAUCUGUACUUGUGAAGAAGAAGAGCCAGAUUGGAUCAAAGGGGCGGACCAACGAGUAUGCGCCUCCAUUCAGCGAAUUCAAUGUUCUCGGUGUCGCUUUGUCUUCCAAGGAAGCUGAGGCUCAUCGGGUUCUUGAAAGUCCCAGUAUCCUGAUCGUAACUCAAGGUUCGGGCACAAUGAAUGUGGGCGAUGGAUCUGUCCACCAAAUCAGCGAAGGAAGUGUUUACUUUGCUGCAAGAUCCGCAGAGUUGAAGUUCUCGACAGACGUGGGAAUGACGUUGUAUCGAGCAUAUGCCACCUUCUAA